AUGCAAGGCAGGACGCUGGACCGGGUGGUGCUGGAACUGCGCGGGACGCGGACAACAAACAUCGACGGCCGGGCAGUUCCCACGCAAUGCGACCCUUAUAGGCUCUAUGUGCAGCUGUCGCGAUGCACGUCGCUAGACGGUAUCAUGUUGUCGUCGAAGGCGUGGGAGCGGGACACCGUGGGAAACACCGCCUUGACCGCUCUCCACCGCACCCUCCUCCACGAGCACCACAACUUCUUCCUCGCCUCCCAGCACCCGUCAGCAAGCCCUGCGUUGAGAGGGUUAGCCGACAAGUACGACAUGGCGGCCCGCAUGUGGCGACACGGCAUCCACAGCUUCCUAGAACUCCUGAGGCAUCGCCUGCCGGCCAGCUUGGACCACAUGCUUACGUUUAUCUACAUGGCCUACUCAAUGAUGGCCCUGCUCUAUGAGACGGUACCUGCCUUUGAGGACACAUGGAUUGAGUGCCUGGGAGAUCUUGGCCGCUACCGAAUGGCGAUUGAGGACGACGACAUUCGGGAUCGGGAGGUCUGGACCGCCGUUAGCCGCCAUUGGUAUUCUCGGGCCUCGGACAAGGCUCCAACCACGGGAAGGCUCUAUCACCACCUGGCCAUCCUUGUUCGCCCGAACGCACUGCAACAGCUUUACUACUACUCCAAGUCCCUGUGCGUGGAGGUGCCGUUCCUCUCUGCGCGAGAGAGCAUCAUGACUCUCUUCGAGCCCAUCAUGUCCCGCACCCCGAAUCCUCAGCAGGCCCGACUCCACCUACCGAGCUCAAUUUUAUAUCACAUGGGCAUCGCAAACAUCUGUGCCAUGACGGGAUACGGUGAUCCGGCCAAUCCCAUCGCCGCAGCGCUCAAAGCCUUCUCCCGCGCCAACCCCAAAAGUACUACGGAACCCCAAGAUCAACCGAUGCAAGAAGCCACCGCAUCCGAAACCCCGUCGCCCAACGCCAAGGUUGUCACCCCGAACAGCGCCAACCAGCUCCCCAACGCCCUCCGUCUCCUCACGGGCACCUACGACGUCGUCUGCCGCCGCUUCGGGGACCCCAACAUCCUCCUGUUCCUGCUCCUGGAAAGUUAUUGGUUCCCCGCGGCUGCGGAGCAAGGCAAGGUCGUAAAGGAGGGAGGGUUGAAAGGCGCCGCCGGGCUCCGGCGGAGGAGGCCGCUGCCGGAUGAUUUCGCCUUGAGGGGGUUCCCCUGGGUCGAAAAGUAUCCCCCUGACGGGUGGUUCGUCACCGAGAAGAUUGACGACGAUGAAAAGUAUUUUGAACUGGCCAGUAUGACGGAGGAGAGGAGGGAGCGGGUGAUACCUAUUAUCCCCGGGGGCAGUGUCGAUCAUGGGGGCUCCCUGAUGCGGGGACCGUUGCAUGAGCGCGACUACCCUGUUGUUCGUGCUGGUGCCCAAGAACAUCCUGUCAAGACACUGAAGAUGACGAACAACCAGUGGUAA